AUGGCAAAGAGUAAAGACGAUAUUAAGUACGCAAAAGCACAGGCAAAGCUUUCAGAAGAUGAAGCUCUGAGAGUAAGCUACAAGGCCGGCACCCCACUUGAAGGCGGCAAAAUUGCUGACUCUGAACCUGUUGAUCUUUUCUCCAGUGCUCGCCAUAUCGCUGAGCAACAAGCUCAAGAAGAAAGGAAGAUUGCCGACUCCGAACCAGUUGAUCUUUUCUCCAGCGCCCGCAAUAUAGAAAAACCGGAGACUGACCGUCAAAGCUCCGGUGAUCAACCACAGCUGCAGCGUUGAUCCCACUGGUUACUAGUACAACACAACAGAUUUCUAUCUGUAUAAUUUCCUUCUGGUUUGCUACCAUUUUAGAUUGUCUUAAUUUUGAAUAUGUGAAAUGUUCUUAAUAAUAAAUUAACUAAUAAAAAUUAAUCGAUAAAAAAAUUCGAAUUGCAAGUACUUUAUAGAAUUCUACAGGUACUAAUACAUAAUAGGUAAAAUGAUAAUUCGAACAUGAUGUCAAAGUUAACCGUAUGAAUUCUGAAACAUGACAAUCAUGAAAAGGAAUGAUUUAGCUGUUUCCACUACAGUUUUAUAUAAACAUAUUUGCAGAAAGGCAAUUUUAGUUGUA